UUACGCGUACUACAAUAAUACCUCUAGAUUUCAUUUUGUUGCAGCGGGUGGAAGCUUCCAAAGGGAUCGCAUUGAUCCAUCCGUCCGCUCGGAUUUCCAUCUCAGUUGAUAAUUUGGAUCAUGCGAUCUCUUCGGAAGCUUCCUCCAUCGCUGCAUGUUUACAUCAAUGCUUCCAUCUUCAACUCAUUCAAAGAUUUGAAGGAUCUAUUCCAUACUUCUUUCUCCUUUUUGCAAUUGUUUUUUCACCUAAUUCUCCAAUCACACCACCAACCAUGGCGAAUGCGGCUUCUGGAAUGCAUGUUCAUGAUGACUGUAAGUUAAAGUUUUUAGAGUUAAAAGCCAAACGAAACUACCGAUUUGUUACCUUCAAGAUUGAGGACCAACAAGUGAGGGUUGACAAGAUCGGUGGCCCUAACGAAAGCUACGAGGAUUUCACAAACUCACUCCCUAAUAAUGAAUGUCGUUAUGCCGUUUUUGACUUCGACUUCACAACCGAUGAAAAUGUUCAGAAAAGCAAGAUUUUCUUCAUUGCAUGGUCACCAGAUACAUCAAAAGUGAGAAUGAAGAUGGUAUACGCGAGUUCAAAAGACAGAUUCAAGAGAGAACUCGACGGGAUCCAAGUCGAGUUGCAAGCAACUGAUCCUAGUGAGAUGAGCUUUGACAUUAUAAAAUCAAGAGCGAUUUAAUCAAUAAGAAUGAACCAUUAUUUAUGCCAUAUUUUUAACCCUUGAUUAAAUUUAUGGUCAAAUUUUCUUUAAGAAAUAGUGUAAUGCAACAGUACUAUGCCUUUAUUGUUACAUUUAUAAUCAAUUUGUACAUUUAGUCA